GGGGCGGAUGUUUUGCAGAUCUAAUAACCAGCAGGGAGCGUCAGUGCGGAAGUAGAGGUUUACGCUUUCUCCGCUGCUGUUUUUCGUUUAUUUACGUUGGAAAUAAAGUGAAAUUGAAGAUGUGUAACGGCUGCGUGCACAAAGAAUACCCGGACAGGGGGAACACCUGUCUGGAGAACGGCUCCUACCUGAUGAACUACCUGUGCUGUGCCAGCUGCCACCAGAGGGACUUUGUGCUGAUCAGUAAUAAAGCCACAGAGGACGAGGACGGAGAGGAGAUCGUCACAUAUGACCAUGUUUGUAAAAACUGCGAUCACGUCAUCGCCCGACACGAAUAUACUUUCUCUGUCGUUGAUGAAUAUCAGGAGUACACUAUGCUGUGCAUGCUGUGUGGAAAGGCAGAGGACUCCAUCAGUGUGUUGCCAGAUGACCCCCGACAGUCCGCUCCGCUCUUCUAGAACCAAACCUGCAGCUCGUCGCUUCCUUUUUAGAUCCACUAACACCGCCGUGGACUCGCUGCCGGCUCCUUGCUUCAGGGUUCCAAGUAUUUUAUCAUGCCAUUCAAAGUUUAAUGCAUGUUCGUUACAUAAUAUUUAGAAACUGCUGUAUUCUUAUAGCGUUAGAACAGGAAAUACAGCUUUUUAUGACAAACAAAUAUUCUGUAUGUUAAGUGAUUAUAAAUUGUAAAUAAACUUUUUAUUCAGCCA